GAAGCCGCUCCGUCUCCGUCCCAAUUCUACGAUCGGCGGAAAAAAAGCGAGAGAGGAAGAAUCUUUUCGGAGUGAUCGAAGAUCGGUGGGUUGUUCUUGUCGGAGAGGAAAUGGGUUUGCUAAGCAUAAUCCGCAAAAUCAAGAAGAAAGAGAAGGAAAUGCGAAUCCUUAUGGUUGGGCUCGAUAAUUCUGGGAAAACGACGAUCGUUCUGAAAAUUAAUGGAGAAGACACAAGCGUCAUCAGCCCAACUCUAGGGUUCAACAUCAAGACCAUCAGUUACCAAAGGUAUACACUUAAUAUAUGGGAUGUAGGCGGGCAAAAGACGAUAAGAUCGUACUGGAGGAAUUACUUUGAGCAGACUGAUGGGUUGAUUUGGGUGGUGGAUAGCUCUGAUAUCAGACGUUUAGAUGAUUGCAGAAUGGAGCUUCACAAUCUCUUGAAGGAAGAGAGGCUGGUCGGGGCAUCAUUGCUGAUAUUUGCGAAUAAACAGGACAUAGGAGGUGCUCUUACUCCCGAAGAAAUCGCCAAAGUGCUGAACUUGGAGUCGAUGGAUAAAAGCCGGCACUGGAAAAUCGUCGGAUGCAGCGCGAUCACCGGUGAAGGUCUGUUGAAAGGGUUUGAUUGGUUGGUUCAAGACAUUGCCUCCAGGAUCUACAUGCUUGACUGAACUACAACAUGAAAAAAAACCCGAAGUGGGUCUGUUUGGGAUGUGGAUUGAAUUUGAAAUUUUGUAUCUGGCCAGUUGUAUUUCUUGUCCUUCAAAGAUGUAUGAGAUGAUGAUUCAGGAGGGCAAUGGGUGGGUAUGACCUUUGAAGCCAAACGUUUCCCUUCUCAAGAGAGAAUUAGUGUCCUGUUGAAAUGA